AUGGCGGUGGCACGGAAAAUCAAAACUUUGUUGACGGUGAACAUCUUGGUCUUCGUGGGCAUCAUCCUCUUCUCCGUCUACUGCAGGAUCCAGGACCGCUCCCAGGAGCUGGUGCAGAUCGUCCGGAGCGCGGACCGCCGGGCCAGGAGCCGCGGCGCCAAGGUGGGCAGCCUGGCCGACAGGGAGUCCAUCCUGCAGCGCCUGGACCACCUGGAGGAAGUGGUCUACAACCAGCUCAAUGGUUUGGCAAAGCCCAUGGGAUUAGUUGAAGGUCCAGGAGGUUUGGGCCAGGGGGGAAUGGCUGCUACCCUGAGAGAUGACAGCCAUGAAUCAGAGACUAAGUAUGAAGAAUAUGGUUACAAUGCCCAACUCAGUGACAGGAUAUCACUGGACAGGUCCAUCCCUGACUACAGACCAAAAAAGUGCAAGCAGAUGACCUACCCAGAGGACCUGCCCCAGAUCUCGGUGGUGUUCAUAUUCGUCAACGAGGCUCUCUCUGUCAUCCUGCGCUCCGUGCACAGCGUGGUGAACCACACCCCGUCCCACCUGCUCAAGGAGAUCAUCCUGGUGGAUGACAACAGUGACAACGUUGAGCUAAAGUUUAACCUGGACCAGUAUGUCCAUAAGAGGUACCCAGGGCUGGUGAAGAUCGUGCGCAACACCAAACGGGAGGGGCUGAUCCGAGCCAGGAUCCAGGGCUGGAAAGCAGCAACCUCUCCUGUGGUCGGCUUCUUCGAUGCCCACGUGGAGUUCAACAUUGGCUGGGUGGAGCCCGCGCUGACCCGCAUCAAGGAGGAUCGCAAGCGGAUCAUCCUGCCCGCCAUCGACAACAUCAAGUACAACACCUUCGAGGUGCAGCAGUAUGCCAACGCUGCCCACGGCUACAACUGGGGGCUCUGGUGCAUGUACAUCAUCCCCCCACAGGACUGGCUCGACAAAGGGGAUGAGUCAGCUCCCAUCAGGACACCAGCCAUGAUCGGAUGCUCUUUUGUGGUGGACCGAGAGUAUUUUGGUGAGAUUGGCCUGCUGGACCCUGGCAUGGAGGUCUAUGGAGGGGAAAACAUUGAAUUAGGCAUGAGGGUGUGGCAGUGCGGGGGCAGCAUGGAGGUGCUGCCCUGCUCGCGCGUGGCGCACAUCGAGCGCACCAAGAAGCCCUACAACAACGACAUCGACUACUAUGCAAAGCGCAACGCCCUGCGCGCCGCCGAGGUCUGGAUGGAUGACUUCAAAUCCCACGUCUACAUGGCCUGGAACAUCCCCAUGGCAAACCCCGGAGUUGACUUUGGAGACGUUUCUGAGAGAAUUGCUCUGCGACAGCGGCUGCAGUGCCGGAGCUUUAAGUGGUACUUGGAGAACGUGUACCCUGAGAUGAGGGUUUACAACAACACAGUCACUUAUGGAGAGGUGCGGAACAGCAAAGCCAGUGGCUACUGCCUGGACCAGGGGGCCGAAGAGGAUGACAAAGCCAUCCUUUAUCCAUGCCAUGGAAUGUCCUCCCAGCUUGUCCGCUACAGCUCGGAAGGUGUCCUGCAGCUGGGGCCACUGGGCUCCACCGCCUUCCUGCCCGACUCCAAAUGCCUGGUGGACGAUGGCAAGGGCAGGACACCCACCCUCAAGAAGUGUGAAGACGUCCUGAGGCCAGCACAGAGGUUCUGGGAUUUCACACAGAAUGGUCCAAUCAUCAGCAGAGACACUGGCCGUUGUCUAGAAGUGGAGAUGUCAAAGGAUGCAAAUUUUGGGCUCAGAUUAGUUGUACAGAGGUGCUCGGGGCAGAAAUGGAUGAUCAGAAACUGGAUCAAACACGGUCGGCACUGACUGUGCUGAGCUGCCUCUCCUGCUGGUGUCCAUUGCUCAGUGUGCCAUAUCUCGUGGGGCAUUUGUCUUCAAGCAAAUUACUUUGAACAGCUCUUGGCUCUCAAGAGUCCUCCAUGGUUGGGCAU